AUGGUGGUGCUGCAAGCCCUGGUGCCCAUAGUGUUCCUGAUAUUCAUUGAUGCUCUCAUCAUAUGUAUGCACUUUAAGAAGAUAUCGUCUGUGACAAGGGCAAGGUCGACUUUGAAAGGUAAACAAAAAAUUCAUACAUCCUUUUUUUAAAAAAAUUAAUUUAUUUCUUUUUCUAUUUGUUUAUUUGUAUUUCCAGUGGAAACACUUCUAGUGACCCAGCAUUACAAGGUCUUUAGUUGUUAUUGUGACAUUAAGGAGUUCUCCCUCAACAUUGCGACACAAAUUUGUUCAACUCGUUCUGUUUAGACGGAAGUUAUAAGACCAUGUUUGAAACUUUACGAAAGGAAAACAUUCAAGCUAUCAGCCUCAAUUUUUGCAAGAUCCGCAGAUCUUUUUCCCAUGGACUGUAAUCAAGAGCAUUAUUGACUUUAGAGCAUUCAGCUGUGAGAUGUUCAACCAACGAAAACUUAUCAAAGACAAUUUGCAAAACAGAAAACAAGAUGGCCGACAAGCCGGAUAUUUUUUAUUUCCAUCCUUUAUUAAAUCGCAUUUUUAAAUUAUUUUUGUUAAAAAAGAAAAUUUACUUGUUAAAUUUAAAUUUAUAAGAAAAAAAAUGGAAGGAUCUGCGAAUAUUUACUUGUUAUAAUUCUUUGUUAUGAUUCCUUGCAAUAUUCUCUUGCUAUAUUCCCUUGUUGUAUUUCCUUGUAACAUUUCCUAAUUACAUUUCCUUGAUAUAUUUCCUUGUUACAUUUCUAUGUAAUAAUACCGUAUUAUGUUCCUUAUUCUAGUUUCUUGUAAUAUUUUUCCUUAAUAUAUUUCCUUGUUAAAUUUCUUCAUGCAAUAUUUCCUUAUUAUAUUACUUUGUUAUAUUUUCUUACAUUUCCUUGUUAUAUUUCCUUUUUAUAAUUCCUUGUAACAUUUCCUUACUAAAUUUCCUUGCCAAAUUUCGUUAUUAUGUUUCAUUAUGAUACUUCUUUGUUAUAUUUUAAGAAAAUAUUUGCUUGUUACAUUUCCUUCCGCAUUGCGUUAUUUUGCGUGUCAUUUCUAUCUGUCAGUCAAACAGCAUCUGAUCGUUGUGACGUUCGCAUCCAGCAUUCAGUUCGUCCUCACCACUUUCCCGACAUCCAUCAUCAACGGAAACGGGGCGUUAUACUUUGAUGGGCACACACAGAUAGGAGAGGCGAGGACACAGUUGGGUAAGGAGUGGACACAGUUGGGUAAGGAGCGGAAACAUUUGGGUAAGGAAAGAACACAAUUGGGUAAAGAGCAGACGCAGUAGGGUAAGGUGAGGACACAGUUGGGUAAAAAGGCGGACACAGCUAGGUAAGAAGAGGAUACAGUUGGUUAAGGAGAGAACAUAGUUGGGUAAAAAGGUGGACACAGCUAGAUAAGGAGCGGACGCAGUUGGGUAAGGAGUAGACAGAAUUGGGUAAGGAGUAGAUACAGUUGGGUAAGGAGUAGACACAGUUGGGUAAGGAGUAGACAGAGUUGGGUAAGGAGUGGACACAGUUGGGUAAAGAGCGGACGCAGUUGGGUAAGGAGCGGACACAGUUUGGUAAGGCGAGGACACAGUAGGGUAAGAAGAGGACCCAUCUAGGUAAAACGGUGGACACAUUUGGGUAAAACGAGGACACAGUUUGGUAAGGAGAUUCACAUUGGGGUAAGGAGAGAACACAGUUGGGUAAGGAGAGGACACAGUUGUGUAAGAAGAGGACGCAGUUGUGUAAGAAGAGGACGCAGUUGGGUAAGGAGAGGACACAGUUGGGUAAGGAGGAGAUGAUAGUCGUUACCAACAGGUUAUUCGGUGGAUACAUUUUAUCCAAUGCACAAUUCUGUAAACAAAAUUAAAAACAAUUGUUAAAUCAAUUUCUCAUAGAUUUACCAUUUUCGUAAAAGAGAAAACAAUUUAAACACUAGCACUAAGUCAAGACACAUUUUUUUUAACACUUUUGGUAAUCGUCAAAAAAGAAUUUAAUCUAUAUUUCAACAAAAUCUCCUAGCUGUCACCCCACUUAAAAAUCACAAAGUCUAAAAGCAAUACUUAUGUCAAUGAAGACAAGCUCCCCCAUGUCCCCCACAAACACACUUGUCUUCCCUGAAAUAACUUUAAACAGCUUUGGUUAUGUAUAGGAACGCAUCCCCCACCAAAGACAAGCAAUACAUUUUACAGCCAUAACUAUGUACAAGAACACAAUUCCCAUCAGCAAUAAAUGUAACAGCAAUAAUUAUGUACAUGAGCACAAUUCCAAUCCAGCAAUAAAUGUAACAGCAAUAAUUAUGUACAUAAACACAAUUCCCAUCCAGCUAUAAGUGUAACAGCAAUAAUUAUGUACAUGAGCAGAAUUGCCAUCCAGCAACAAGUGUAACAGCAAUAAUUAUGUACAUAAACACAAUUCCCAUCCAGCAAAAAGUGUAACUGCAAUAAUUAUGUACAUGAGCACAAUUGCCAUCCAGCAACAAGUGUAACAGCAAUAAUUAUGUACAUGAGCACAAUUGCCAUCCAGCAACAAGUGUAACAGCAAUAAUUAUGUACAUGAGCACAAUUGCCAUCCAGCAUCAAGUGUAACAGCAAUAAUUAUGUACAUGAGCACAAUUUCCAUCCAGCAACAAGUGUAACAGCAAUAAUUAUGUACAUAAACACAAUUCCCAUCCAGCAAUAAGUGUAACAGCAAUAAUUAUGUACACGAACACAAUUCCCAUCCAGCAAUAAGUGUAACAGCCAUGAUUCUGUACAUGAACGAGUCCACCAACUUUCUCAUCUUCUGCUGCUUCGGGAG